AUCCCCUGUAGUCACACCCAUGUAACACUCCAGUUGAUUCAACGCAAUAAAAUAAUAAAAAUUUAUUGCUGGUAGCGCUCAGUAAAGGUGCUACGAUCGUCUCUCUCUCAGUACCUUGACACCAACAGAGGAAUUCUUCAAUUUCUUGUCAUGGAUCUAAACCAGCCUCCACCGGAGAAUUAUGCCAACCCAAAAACUUGUUUCUUCCAUGUACUUUUCAAGGCUUCUGCAUUGGCGUUUUACAUUCUCUCAGCACUGUUCUUUAGUAGCUUCGUAAUCAUUUUCGUGGUUACUGUAUUUCUCGCUGCUCUUGAUUUUUGGGUUGUGAAGAAUGUCAGUGGAAGGAUACUAGUUGGUUUAAGAUGGUGGAAUGAAGUUGAUGAACAAGGUGAAAGCGUGUGGAAAUUCGAAUGCCUUGACCAAGAGUCUCUGGCAAGAAUGAAUAAGAAAGAUUCCUGGUUGUUCUGGUGGACACUUUAUAUCACAGCAGUUGCUUGGGUCAUCCUUGGAAUAUUCUCACUUAUAAGGUUUCAAGCAGAUUAUCUACUUGUCGUAGGAGUAUGUCUGAGCCUCAGCGCCGCUAAUAUCAUUGGCUUCACUAAAUGCAAUAAAGAUGCCAAGAAGCAGCUUCAAGCAUUUGCAUCAAAAACAAUUGCUUCUCGUAUGACAUCAACUAUACAAUCAGCAUUCAGUGUUGUCUAAUACAACGAAAAAGGAUAGACUGAACUGCAGUGGCAGAAAUGUUUCACAGAACAGCAGCUGCAUAAAUUUUUUGAUUCAAAGUUGAUUUUGGUAAUAAACUACCAAGGGAUUUUAAAUAUAUUUUUUGGUAUAUUUUUUCCAAAGUAAAUCGGUUCAAGCCCAAUGGGAGACAUUUUGUACAGAGAUAAACAGACCAAAGGAUUGGUAAAUGAGAUGCAUAGUCACGCCGAUUGUCGUCGAUGUCUGGAAUUUACACUU